CACGCCCAAGCACAAACACACACCCAACUCUCCCAAGCACAAGCACACAACCACGCCCAACUAGCCCAAGCCCACAACCAACAACCCUCCCCCACCACCUCCAUAGCCUCCCACACGGGGUCGAUCGGGAGCGUUGGAUCUAUUGGCUCAGGAUCGCAUGUUUCUACGAGUAGGAGGGCGAGUUCGCCAUUGACUUUGCCGGGGACGUUGACGGGGAUGGGAACGGGGAUGGGCAUGGGAUCGGGGAUGGGGAUGGGGACGGGAGGAGGAGGGAUGGGUAUGGGAGGAGGAGGAGGAGGGGGAGGAGCAGGAGUGGCGCCGUUACAACCGAGUGCGAGGAAGUUACCUUCGCCGAACGCUUCGAGGUCUCCGAAAGCUGAGUCGCCGAGCCCGGAAAGACAGGCGCAGGCGCAGGCUCAAGUCCAAGUCCAAGACCGCGAGCGCGACCGUGAUCGUGAUCGUGAACGCGAUCCUCAGCGUGAAAGGGACAGAGAAAGAGAAAGGGACAGAGAAAGGGAGCGCCACAGCUACACCCCGCCACCCCCAUCCUCCUCAUUCCCACACGGCCCCCCGCCACCGGGACCCGUCCAUUCCAUGUCACAACCGAACGUGAACAUCCACCACGGUUCGUCGAUGUCGCUUCCGAUGCAGAUGCAUAUGCAGGGCCAGGGACACCAGAUGCCGAUGGGUCCGCAACAUUCGUUAUCGCAGCCUUCGGUGCCUUUACAUCCCGCGUACGCCCAACAGCAACAACAACAACAGUUCCAAUCACAACAAGCCCAGUUCCAGCAGCAAUUCCAGUCGCAACAACAACAGGGCGGAGGAGGAACCCUCCCACGCCGUAUCCCCGUGCCUCCGCUGGACAGAAUGGACAGGAUGGAUUCGUUCCAGAUGACGCCCCAGUUGAUGGCCGAUAUCGAUAAAGCGCACGCCGCCCAGCAACACGGGACGCUCAGCAGCGUCGGGAGCGUAGGGAGCAAUCUCUCGAGCGUCGGGAUGGGACCCGUAGGAAGCGGUAUGGGCAUGGGUAUGGGCAUGGGCAUGGCGAGCGUUUAUCCGGCCAGUGGGGGGAUACUUGCUGGUUCUGGGAUGCCACAGCCGCAUAAUGUGCCGCUACCUGGAAGUGCUGGUGGUAUCGGUACUGGAACCGGAACUGGUACUGGAACUGGAGCGGGAAGAGGCGAUAGUCAUUCGCCUCCGAACCAAAAUCUGUACGGGACGUCGGGGGUGGCGUAUGCGGGUGGCGCGUCUUCGAACUCGUUGCCGAGGAGUGCGUUAUUCGAGAGUGGGAGUCCACCCAGGGAGGGUAUCAUAGGCAGUAUGGGUGGUGGUGGAAGUAUGGGCGGUGGUGCCGGGUCGAUGGGAAGUAUGGGAGGUGUGGAUGGGGGAAGGGGGGACAGAGAUAGAGGGAGUAAGCGGGAGAGUAGGGAGUUGAGUCCGCGCGAGAGGGAGAGGGAAAGGGAGAGCUUGCAGCGUCGAGGAUCCGUCAAGCGCGAACUUCCACCUCAGCCUCAGGUCAUUUCUUCGACCUCGCCUUCCCGUGAUCGCGAGCGGGAAAGGGAUAACUCUCCGGCAUAUCGUACGCCCGUUGGCUCGCCUGAACACGGGACUGGAGGAGGAGCAGGAGAGGCUCGAGGCACACCACCCGCCGUGUCGAGGCUUUCCUCCACGACUUCCGUACCCUCGCAACAUUCGUCCCAGCAACAGCACGUGUACCAGACCACGACGAACGCAGGCCAAACCCCCCCUCUCCAGUCCAUGGCGCGCACACCCGACAAGUCUCUACCGUUCCAGGAAGAACCGGAGGACGAGCACGAGCACGAGCACGAACGGGACUUCGGACGGCCUUCGCAGCCCCCCGCGCAACCUCAGUCGCAGAGGUGGCAUUCGCCUACUUCCGCCGCUGGGAAUGACUAUCGACAGCAGCAUCCUCAGACCCAGACCCAGCAGCAGCAAGACGAUCCGCGCAGGGAUCCAGCCCGGCACAUCUACUCCCCCCGUCCUUCCGCGGACAUCAACCUCCACCGAUUCGACGACGUCCCUCUCCCCUCCGAUUCUGACGAUUUUGAUCUCGAAGAAGACGGGCGAAGGAGCCGGCAUGGACAUGAGUCACCCGCACGGUCGCCGCAUAGCCAGGGUAGCAGAGGGAGGGACGAAGAGCGACAGAGGGAAAGGGAGCAGGAGCAGGAAGUCGAUCAGAGCGAUGAGAGUUAUACGCCGAGGUCGCCUGUGCAGGCGCUUCCGCCUGAUAUUCCCGUCCCUAAUGCGAAUCCGAGGUCUGGGUCGACUGGCGCUGCUCGUGCGGAUGGUACAGGGAUCGGAGGCCACAGUCGCGGGGAUAGUAAUGGUGCAGGCCACUCUCGCGGAGAUAGUACGGGCCACGCUCGCGGCGACAGUUUCGGCCACUCUCGUGGGGACAGUAUCGGUGCGAGCGGUGGGAAGAACUCACCGUUUAGACAGCAGCUCCCGAGGGUGAAGAAUAGGAAUGGGUCGACGGAUCAUGUGGGUUUGAGGACGUUCGAUAGUCAUUUGUUUGAGAGUACGGUGGUGGAUAGGUUGAGAGCUGGCGGGGAAACGCCACAGCAUGAGCACGAACAUGAGGAGAGGGAGCAGCAUGGUUCACGGCGAGAGCAGGAUGGACAGAGGGGGUACGGGCAGAGUUAUCCGCCACUACAACCUCAUCAUCGACCUGAUGUUCGAAUCCCAGAUCAUGUCCUUCGUCAAAUGGGGCCUUACCUCGAAACCGAACACUUCGAGGAUCCCAUUGCGGCGUUUUACCAAGACUACCUGAACUCACCCAUCGCUUCUCGCGCGAAUUAUCACUUCAACGCUCAGACCGUUCCCUCCAAUCUAAACGCCUACGCCACCAACAAUUCUCAGCACUCCAACUCCAACUCGCACGACUCCUCGCAUCUCAAUCCCAACUCAAACAACCUGAACACCCACUCGAACCUCACCUCCGCCAACUCCCGCCCCGGAGCGCCCAUUCCCCCGACUCCGCAUAGCCAAACCGCGCCUCCCUCUCCCUCGCCUCUGAUCUCAGGCCACGCGAACCUCGCAGGAAACAACUCUUCGAAACCGGUCCUUCCGCCGUAUAGUCCAAUUCCGCCGGGUGGCUCGCCGUACCCGUAUCCUUAUGGACAUAUUAGGAGAGGGAUGGGAUAUGCAGAGUCGCAUGCGGGGACGAAUACGGGGACGGGCCUGGAUGGGUUUGAUGGGAUGGGCAUGGGCAUGGCUGGUAUGAACGGCGGUGGUGGUGGCGUGAACGGUGCUGGAGGCGGAGGUGGACCAGGUGGGAUGAGCAUGAGCGAAGGUGGAGGCGACGCAGGAGGGAGGAUGAGCGUUCUUUAUGACGAGGAAGCGAUCCGACAACAGAUGGCGUUACAGAGGCAGAUAUGGGCCUUGAACAACGGAGGGAUGGUCUCGGAUUCGACGCUCAGUCCGAGCUCGACGCCCUUCCCCGGUCCAGGGUAUAAUCCUUGGCAGUUCUUGCAGACUACGCGUGUCUUUGGAGGCCCUGGAACCGUUGGUGGAGGUGGUAUGAUGGGUGCCAUGAAUGGGAUGAACGGUGGGUAUGGGAUGAACGGAGCAGGUGGGUAUGGGAGAAUGGGCAUGGGCAUGGGCGGCGGAUAUGGCGCUGGUAACGGUGCUGGCGGAAGAGGACGUAUGGAUUCAGCCGCAAGUAUUCGCUCGUCACCGAGUCACGAACCCGUCCAUCUGCCGAUCCCACCACAACUUCGAAGUCGAGCGUUACGGAAACGGGAACGAUCAAUUAACCUACGAAUGACGCAGGGUGGGACGGUCAGAGGUCCGAAGGGAGGCGGGACGAAGGGAGAUGGGACGAGGAAGCCACCGCCUAGGGUUGAGAGUACGCAACCCAGGGAGACGAGUCCCGAAUUGAGUUCUGGUGAAGAGACGGCUGGGGAACUCGAUUCGAAAGCUGCGCCCAGUGAGCGGUAUGGCCGUACCCCCUCCGUUUCCGCCGAGAGGAUAGAUAACGCGUGGGGAGCGGAGGAUAGUACGUUGAGUGAGCCGGAGGACUUCGAAGAGGGUGAGUGGGUGGAUGAGGAGGACGAUUUGGCGAUGACAGGAGGCAUAGAUGGGGAAGAGGAUGAAAUGUUGCAGUUGGAGUAUCAUCCGAGUUAUGUGAGCAAUCUAGAUAAGAGACGGAGGCGGUGGAAGACGAGGUGGGAGGGUUUGGUCCGUGCUUUCCAAGCUCUUGACAGAGAAACAGACGCCACGCUCGUCCUUCUCGCCUCUCCAUCACACAACAACACCCUCCACUCCCUGUCAUCCCGUUCCCUCCGUCGCUCACCCCACGCCUUCACCCGCUCCCCCGAAAUGUCCACGAUCCGCUCUUCCUUCUCUCAUCUCGCCUCCAAACGUCAAGCCGCUCGUUCCCAGGUAACAUCUCUCCUCGACCGCCUCUCCCUUGCCGGAGGCUCAUCCCUUUCCUCUGACGGAUCUCCUACGACCAAUGGAGAGGGUGGAAGAGAGAGAGAAGAAGAGUUGAGGAGGGCAUUGGAGGCUGCAUUGGGGAGUUUGAGUGCAUUGGGGGGCAUCUAUGAGAGGAGGGAGAUGAGGUGGGUAGAGGAAAUGAGGAGGUUGGAUGAGGAUAGAGAGAAGGUGGAACUGCUGCUUGGUCAGGUUCUUGGCGUCGGGAUGGGCGGUGGUCCUAACAUGGGAAGUAUGGGAAUGAGCAUGCCCGGGAUCGGAUCAAUGAGCAGUUUGGGUGGUAUGGGAAGUGUGAACAGUAUGAAUGGAAUGGGCGGCAUGCCGGAGAGCGUCGGUGGUGGGGCACCGGUUCAAGGUCAUCGGAGGGGGUAUAGCGCAGGCGAUUCACCUGGGCUGAAGGCUCCCAAACCGAGUGUACCGAUCUGAUCUGAGUCAAUCUCAGUGCGGAAUGAGUGUACGAUUGCAAGACCUCUUAUGCUUCUUUUUGCACGAAUAUUUAUGAUAUGCACGAUUCGUACGAUACACUACUCUGAUGGAUGGAUGACUGCACGACUCCUGAGCUCGUUUUCUGCUUGUUGUUUUCUUUCUUCUUUUUCCCCUGUUGUUUUCUAUUGUUCAACAUUUACCCCUUUGCUCGUCUUGCGCUUGGAAUUGCCACACUACUCGUCCGAAUUUGACUCUACAUGUUGUCUGUUGUCUGGCCUGAUACCUGUACAAUCCAGUGCGCGCCGUAUAAAUACAUUUUUGUUUGUUCUGUCUGAAAUACCAAUGCC